AUGGCCGCCGCUUUCGAUGAGGAAGAUCUAUCGAUCCCCCUCGCUCCCUCCGACCGUGAACAAUCUCGUGACCGCACCAGCAAGUCGGUCAGCUCCAACCCCUCCGCCAUGGCAAUGCCGCCGCCUUCGCGCCCGACCGCUAGAGCGGAGGGCGCCACCCAGUCUCCCGCAACCACGAGAGACAUGCAACGCCUCGAUCAAUACCAGACGAUCAAGAUCCUAGGUGAGGGAUCCUUCGGAAAGGUGAAGCUGGCCAUUCACCAGCCAAGUGGCCGGCAGGUUGCUCUCAAAAUCAUCUCCCGGCGUAAGCUCCUGUCCCGGGACAUGAUCGGUCGCGUGGAACGAGAGAUUCAGUACCUUCAAUUGCUUCGGCAUCCUCAUAUUAUCAAGCUAUACACCGUUAUCGCCACGAAGACCGAUAUUGUGAUGGUUCUUGAGUACGCCGAACGGGAAUUGUUUGACUACCUGGUGCGAAAAGGCAAAUGCAACGAUGACGAAGCCCGCAAGUUCUUCCAACAGAUUAUUUGUGCCGUCGAAUACUGCCACCGACACAAGAUCGUCCACCGCGAUCUCAAACCCGAGAACUUACUCAUCGACAGCCAGAAAAACGUCAAAAUCGCUGAUUUCGGUUUGAGUAAUAUUAUGACAGAUGGAAAUUUCCUGAAGACUAGCUGUGGUAGCCCGAACUACGCUGCGCCGGAGGUUAUUUCUGGAAAGCUCUAUGCAGGCCCGGAGGUGGAUGUCUGGAGUUGCGGUGUGAUUCUCUAUGUGUUGUUGGUGGGCCGUCUUCCCUUUGAUGACGACUAUAUCCCUGCUCUCUUCAAGAAGAUCGCCGCCGGCAACUUCCAUGUUCCUAGUUACAUCUCUCCCGGGGCUGCCAGACUAAUCCGGGCCAUGCUCCAGGUUCACCCGGUUCACAGAAUCACCAUCCCCGAGAUUCGAGAUGACCCAUGGUUUAGCAAGAAUAUUCCCAAGUAUCUGGAACCCCCGUCAGAUGAAUUUCUUGCACCCGGCAUCGAACGGAAGCCCAAUGAUGCCAACAAAAUUGCUCCUGGAAAGCCGGUCCCUGUGCACCACAAGGUUCACCAGAUUGCUGUGUCGAAGCUCGAGCGAAGCAUGGGAUAUGGCCGUGAGGACAUUGAAGAUGCGCUCAAACACCCAGAGCCCAGCGCAAUUAAAGAUGCUUUUUCGAUCGUGGUUGAAAAUGAAAUGAUGCAAACCAACUCCCCCACGGAAGAUAAUUUAAUGGCUUCAAACGUACUGCCGCAACCUAAGGGACCCGCACAGCCCAAAGUCGAUCGAGCUACCGCUGCACCCAAACCUCAAGCACCACCCGCCCCAGUUGCUGCUCGGAAAGCAAGCAUUUCGCGUCGUAUCCGCACAGAGGAGACCCAAGUGGACUCUGACUCUUUUGAAGAGCCUCGUCCCAGCCACGUUCGAAUUCUGCCAACUAGCCUCCCAUAUGUGCAUGAACAGCUCAUGGAGCAACGGGACCGAGAGCAAAGGGCCCGUGUAGAUGAAGUGCGUCGGAAAGAAGCUGCUCGGAACGAAGCGGAGGGACUUGGGUCUCAACAUGGAGAGCUCUCUCCCGAAGAACAAGCUGCUACAGUUCGAGCAUUGAAGCCCCAUGCUAGGAGUAUAAUUGAUCUCGAUAAAUUGCGCCUGGAACCACCUAUUGGACAUCCAAUUUCGCAGCAGCCUCCCAAGAGAUCACGCAAGUGGCAGUUUGGUAUUCGGUCGCGGAACCAGCCAUAUGAAGCCAUGCUGUACCUUUAUCGGGCAAUUGCUGCUCAAGGGGGUGUUUGGGAUGUGCAGCCCGUCGAGUCAGGAACUCAGAUUGGGCCAGACGCAACACCUUCCCCGGAUAAACCCAAGCCGCUCCAGAAUAAAUACCCUGACCUCCCAUCAGACUACUACAUUCCCAAGGAUCCUUGGUUCAUUCGUGCACGUCUGUUGAAAGAGGGAGUCAAGGCCCCAGGAGCAUCUACCAGUGUCUUUAAUAGCCGCAGUGACCUCGGAGAGCUGCGUCGCCGUUUCCACAUAUCAGGCAUCUCCACUCCAUUUGAGGACAAGGAGGUGAAGUCUCCCACAUCAGACAAGGACAACAGCGCACCCUCUGCACCCUCAUCCGCCACACAACACAACGGUUUGCCGAGUAUUUCCCAUGGUGUCUGGGUCUUCGUUGAUAUCCAGCUGUACCAGCUGGAGGAGAACAACUACAUGGUUGAUUUCAAAUGCGACGGCUACCAGAAUGUGAUCCGUGCCCAAGGUGACACAGAAUGGACCCCCAUCAGCAAGCGCCUCAAGAACAAAGAGAAAGAAGUGACCAGCCCCUACCCUUUCUUAGAUGUCGCAUCCGACCUUGUGGCUCAGCUGGCUGUGGCCAGUUAA